UGACGCCGGUAUUCUCUGUCGUCUCUACUACUGCCAUCUUCGCUCUGGAAACUCCCUCCACCGUUUUUCUCACCGUCUAGAGACAUGCCGAACCAUCGCAGUUACCCAUGUUGACCUGGGCUACAGUGGCGUUCGCUGGUGCCUUGCCUACACAUACAGCAAUAAUUACCGCAAUUGUUCGAAUAUCUUACAUCUUGCCCUUUCUACCGGGAAAAUGCCUUAAAUCUUGGAGCUUUACUUGAUAAGACCAGAAGUCGCUUCUUGAACUUUCGUAUCAACUCAUCCUAAUCACACUUGGCACAUGUGAAAUACGCUACGUCGCAUUCCCAAGGUCAUGUCUUCCUCUCCGGAGAGAGAUAGGGAAGGAAUCUUGGAUUCCACCUCAGCUUCACUAAACGAGUUAAUAAACAAGAAGCGCUCCAAUUCCGAAGCAACAGAAUAUCCUCGAAGGCGCGCAACCAUCGCUUGUCAAAUCUGUCGUCUACGAAAGACGAGGUGCAACGGAGCUCGUCCAAAGUGCCAGCUCUGCACUGACCUUGAUGCAGAAUGCGUCUACCGAGAACCUGGGAUCAAGCUGGAUGCUGGGGACAAAUUGAUCAUUGAAAGACUUGCAAGAAUUGAAGGGCUCUUACAAACCAGCUUAGCAGCACAAAACUCACAGCUUACGUUGUCUUCGACUUCUCCCGCAACCAGUAACGGAACCAACGUUGGGAGCGACGACACGGUUGCGAAAGCGUCAACUCAUCUGGCGGUAACCGGGAGAACUACUUCCAUUGUAGGACUCGCCUCAUGGGCGAACCCGCCGACAAGCAUAUCGACCAUGCCGAGAGUACACACCACGCCUGCAUUGAACCUUUUGAAAUGGCCCCUGAUCCGGGACUUAGUGGCUCGACCAUAUGAUUCCCAGACCCUUUUGCAGUUGGAAAUGGCUCGCGAACCGCUGAAAAUGACACCUCCUAUGGCCGUAGAUCUAUCUUGUGCGCCGCUUUAUAUCAGAACCUUCUUUGAGAAAGUCAACGUCUGGUACGCCUGUGUUAAUCCAUACACCUGGUCAAAAUACUAUGACGCCGCUGUAUCCCUCAGCUUUCGAGAGGGUCCAGAGAGCUGUGUUGUUCUCUUGGUUCUAGCUCUUGGUUGCGCCGCUCAAUGCGGCAGUAUUGCUUUAAUAUCAACCGACAGAGAUCCUCCUGGCGUGCCGUAUUUUAUAGCGGCCUGGAAUCUUCUACCAUCAGUCAUGAUGCGUAAUUCAGUCGUCGCCGCCCAAUGUAUCAUCCUGGCCGCUGCUUACUUGUUCUACCUGGUUCGACCACUCGAGGCCUGGACACUACUUUCGAAUGCCAGCAUGAAGCUACAACUAUUAUUCGGCAACCCGUCUCGUGUGCCUGUCCAGUGGAGAGAGCUGAGUGUUAGAGUGUACUGGAACGCCCUACUGUACGAAAGUGAUUUGUUGGCCGAAUUGGAUUUACCGCACUCUGGAAUCGUGAAUUUUGAAGAGCUGGUAGAUCUUCCGGGCGGGUUUGAUGAGAUCGAAGAUGAUGAAGACGAAGACGACGGCGAUACUGGCAACAAACUGGUCAGUCCCAUUGGUUGCGACGAACUCUGGUAUUUUCUAGCCGAGAUCGCCCUUAGAAGGCUACUCAAUCGAGUCAGUCAUAUGCUCUAUCAGAAAGACAACAGCCUGACACUGGCUUCUCUAGCGCCAAUCGUCUCAGAGUUGGAUUUUCAGCUGUCCCAAUGGUAUGAAGGCCUACCUCAGCCCGUCAGAUUUCCUCUGUCCCACGCUCCUAUAUCACAUCCAGUGCAGACUGUCCUCCGACUAAGAUACUUUGCCUGCCGGACGAUCAUCUACCGACCGUACAUCCUGGCUGUCUUCGAGAACGAGCAAGCUUCAGGGGAUUCGUGGGUGAGGGAAUGUUGCCGGCGUUGCUUGGAGGCUACGCUUUAUCAGCUGGAAAGCGUAACCACCCAUCGUGAGGGUCAUCUCCCGUAUUUGUGGCAGGGCGCUCUAUCAAUGGUCUCGCAGUCACUUCUAAUCAUGGGCGCAACUAUGUCCCCUGCGCUCUCAAGUCUACUCCCCCCUACUUUGCGCGUGGACGAAAUUAUAUCCAGCGUUAUAGUGGAGGUCGACAGGUAUGCGCAUCUUGCGCCAAGUCUCAAGCUAUCCUCAGAAAUCCUCCGUGACGCCGAAAGGCGGCGUCAGAUUUGUCUCAGAUCCUCGGGAAGCAGAGUAUAA